AUGGCCAGCACGCUACGCACUGAGCCACGGGAGCUAUCCAUUGACGAUCUUGCAGCCUUGGAUUGUACACUUGGAGCUUGGUGCCGCCUCGAUGCCUAUGCAGCCUGCAGCAGCCAGCAGCCAGAAGCAGCCAGAAGCAAGCAGCAGCAAGCAGCAGCCAGCAGCAGCAAGCAGCAGCAAGCAGCAGCAAGCAGCAGCCAGCAAGCAGCAGGUAACAGCAGCAAGAAAGCAGCCAGCAGCCUGCAGCAGCAAGCAGCCAGCAGCAGCAAGCAGCCAGCAGCAGCAAGCAGCCAGCAGCAGCAAGCAGCCAGCACAGCAGCCAGCAGCAAGCAGCAGCAAGCAGCAGCCAGCACGCAGCAGCCAGCACCAGCCAGCACCAGCAAACAGCAGCAAGCAGCAGCCAGCAGCAGCAAGCAGCAGCAAGCAGCAGCCAGCAGCAGCCAGCAGCAGCAACAGCAGCAAGCAGCAGCAAGCAGCAGCCAGCAGAAAGCAGCAAGCAACAAGCAGCAGCCAGCAGCAGCAAGCAGCAAGCAGCAGCAAGCAGCAGCAGCCAGCACGCAGCAGCACGCAGCAGCCAGCACGCAGCAGCACGCAGCAGCAGUCAGCAGCAAGCAGCAGCCAGCAAGCAGCCAGCAGCAAGCAAGCAAGCAGCAAGCAGCUGCUUGCAGCUGCAUACCAGCAGCAGCAAGCAGGUUCCAGCAGCAGCAAGCAGCCAGCAGUCAGCAGCAGCCAGCAGCCAGCAGCAGCUAG